UCUGCAUGCACCCUCUGCUCCAGUUGCAUGCUCUCUCACAGAGUCUCCUGAGCUUCUCCAUAGCCGUCUGGGUCAUCCAAGUCUCUCGAAGCUUCAGCAUAUGGUUCCUUUUUUGUCAGGGAGUUUUGCUUCUUACUUACUACCUGCCGCUGCAAUAGGAGCUAUGGGAUAUUGUUACAUGUGGUGGAAGGGAUGGUCACUUUCUGAUGUAAUGUUUGUGACCAAGCGAAAUAUGGCUAAUGCUGCUGCCACUGUAUCAAAGCAAUUAGAGAAUGUACAUGAAACAUUGGUGUCAACAAAAAGGCAUCUAACCAAGAGGCUGGAAGGUCUGGACUUGAAGCUGGAUGAGCAUAAUGAGUUAAGCCAACUUAUUUCAGAUGAUGUGAAUGGAGUGAAGUCAAACCUUUCUCAGAUUGGGUGUGAUGUUGAACUUAUACAUAAAAUGAUAUCUGGGCUGGAAGGGAAGCUCAAGCUUGUCGAAGGCAAGCAGGACAUGACUAAUUCAGGUCUCUGGUAUUUAUGCCAAUUUGCUGAAGGAAUUAACGAUGGGCCUGAUGGUAAAGUUUUUAAGGUUAUUGAGGAACGUACAAACCAUACAACAAUGACACUCGGGGAGAAAUCACUUGAGGGGCUGCAAUUCAUUGCUAAAACAACAGAGACAGUUGAGAACUCACCCAUAAUAACAAGGAAAGUUGGUCUUAAUUCUUCAAAUGAAAAAGAACCUGUUUCCAAACGAAGAAUACACAGGUCAUUUCCUGUUGGCAUUUCUGUGAGCAAGGGCAUUGCGUUUGGUGUGUGAUUAGUCUUUUGCUUGAAAUUAUUGCUGAUCAGCCUGCGUGAUCACACAAAAUUUGGGAUUGCGAGAUAUUUAUUACGACUACCAAAAUUUCACAGGCACAAAAAGGAGCACCAUCAGUUCAACAUUAAUCAAUUUGUAUCUCUUGUAUAUGCAGUUUCAAGAACGGUUAAAUCCAGCCAUGUCUUUGAUUCGCUUGAUUUGUUAAAAAAUUGAGAUAACAAAACACCAAAAAAGUUGUACCUUGUGUCCUUUUUUGAUGUUUAAAAAAAUAUAAGUACUACGCAGGUUAAAACAAUGCAUAAUGCAAAGCAUAUUAUCAUACAUUUUGCUUUAUUUUGUUUA